CGUUAAGUGGUUGCACCCUCGCCCAGAAUCUGGAUUGGCACGCCAUUGUAACAAGUAGUUACUUUUACAUCUCUGAGUGGUCAUUCAGAGCCAGACUUUCUACUCACCUAUCCCGAUCCUGACAGCGGUAUAUCAACCUGUCCCAUAAUGGCUACAGACUCUUGGGCGCAGGCCGUGGAUGAGCAGGAAGCCGCGGCAGAAUCGAUUGGCAGUCUUCAAAUAAGGGACAAACCAGAAGAAAAUGGUACUGUUUCAAAUGCUAGAGACUCCAACAGUGGGGCUGCAAAGUCAGAAACUGAAGGCGAAACCAAACCUGCAGAUGAAGAUGACAACGAGGACAAAGCAGCACAAUCACUGUUGAACAAGCUGAUACGAAAUAAUCUUGUAAAUACAACAAAUCAAGUGGAAGUUCUCCAGAAGGAUCCAAACUCUCCACUAUACUCUGUGAAGUCCUUUGAAGAACUACGGCUCAAACCACAGCUUCUACAGGGCGUAUAUGCAAUGGGGUUCAAUCGACCAUCUAAAAUCCAAGAAACCGCCUUACCUAUGAUGCUGGCUGAGCCUCCACAGAAUCUGAUUGCUCAGUCUCAGUCAGGAACGGGGAAAACAGCCGCCUUUGUUCUGGCAAUGCUCAGCCACGUCGACCCCAACAACAAAUAUCCCCAGUGCUUGUGUGUGUCACCAACGUAUGAACUGGCACUUCAGACCGGUACAGUUAUCGAGCAGAUGGGCAAAUAUUAUCCUGAAGUCAAACUAGUCUAUGCCAUCAGAGGGAAUAAGUUGCAGCGAGGCAUGAAACUGCAGGAACAGAUCGUUAUUGGUACACCCGGUACAAUGCUGGACUGGUGCAGUAAAUUCAAAUUUAUAGAUCCCAAAAAGAUCAGAGUGUUUGUGUUGGACGAAGCCGACGUUAUGAUCGCCACACAGGGACACCAGGAUCAGAGUAUCCGAAUCCAGAGGAUGCUGCCUAGGAACUGCCAGAUGUUGCUGUUCUCAGCCACGUUUGAAGAGAGCGUCUGGAACUUCGCACAGCGCAUCGUGCCCGAUCCCAACAUCAUCAAGCUGAAGAGAGAGGAGGAGACGCUGGACACCAUCAAGCAGUACUUUGUGCUCUGCAACAGCAAGGAGGAGAAGUUCCAAGCCCUCUGUAACAUCUACGGUGCCAUUACCAUCGCUCAGGCCAUGAUCUUCUGCCAUACAAGGAAGACUGCAGGUUGGCUUGCAGGGGAGUUGUCCAGAGAAGGCCAUCAGGUGGCGCUGCUCAGUGGAGAAAUGCAGGUGGAGCAGAGAGCUGCCGUCAUCGAGCGCUUCCGAGAUGGAAAGGAGAAAGUCCUGGUGACCACAAAUGUCUGCGCUCGAGGCAUCGAUGUGGAGCAGGUUUCUGUGGUGAUCAAUUUCGACUUGCCAGUUGACAAAGACGGUAACCCCGACAACGAGACAUACCUGCACAGGAUUGGGCGCACUGGUCGAUUUGGGAAACGGGGACUGGCCAUCAACAUGGUGGACAGCAAGAUGAGCAUGAACAUCCUCAACAGGAUCCAGGAGCAUUUUAAUAAGAAAAUUGAAAGACUAGACACAGAUGAUCUGGAUGAAAUUGAGAAAAUUGCCAACUAAAAGAAACCUAUGGUCCAGUGAAGAAAGCUCGACUUCCCUGCCCCUCCUCAAUCUCCAAGGACUCUGCACUUCUAUGAUGUUUUAAGUUUUUAUUUUAGCUGUCAGAGAAAAGAGCAGAACCACACCCACAAAUCAUAUGUUUACAUGUGGAUGUGUCUCCUUUCAGACAAGUUUUAUUUCUUUUGUUCUAAAUCGCUGGAACAUACCCCAUUUCACUCUUUGUACACUUUUUUUAAUAAAGUCUGUAAGUUCAAUGUUGUGUAUGGAUCUUAAUGCUCUAAAAGUAAUCAAUUUAUUUGAAAACUUGUGAAUUUUUGUAACUUUUCAGUGAUUAUAUCAAGAUUCACAAGCUCCAAAUUGAAUAAAAACAAGCAUCUAAAGGUGCCACGAAUGCUUUAGAAGAAAACGUAGCAGAGCGUUGGUACAAAGGGUGAAGUUGGGUAUGCUGCUCUAAGUGGUAGUUCAUAUCAUUUAGAUUUUUAGAUGGUGAGGAUUAGGAUUUAAGGGUCUAUGCAAACUUAUCAGCCUGUGAUAGAUAUUAUCAAAUACUAUCAAUAUGUAUUCUCAUAACACAAAUUAAUCCUGGAAAAACCUCGUCUCUAGCAUCAGGGUGUGUAGUCAGAUGCCAAAUCGGCUGCGUGAAAUUUUAACCCACAGGCAUAAAGCUUUUGUCUUUGUUUAGCCACUAAUCAUCCGUUAGCCAUCACCACAAUCCACACGUCAAUUCAAUAAUUUUUAAAAGCCAGAAUGGCCACUAUCAGAACAGUCCUGGCAACCAUUAAUCACAAGUCGUCUUCUGUUUCUAAAGCGGACUCAUAAAAUCUCAUUUUAAGUCUAAAACGUGACCUGCACGGUCUGGUGUGAGUCGUUUUUCUUUCAUGUCUUCGCUGUCCCCAUCCAACGUUUUCUAAUCAGGGUCUCCAGUUCAGACUUUGGCGCAGUUCCCAUUCUUCACUCAGACUGUGCCGUUCAAAGGAUUGUGAGUUACAAAAUGAAUACGCAAUGCCUUCCUCAAGUGCAUUAUAUAUACGCAUAGGAUUUUGAUAUUGAUAUUUUAAGACAUUGGGCUUAAUAUUCUAACACUUGAAAUUUUGAUAUAUAUUGAAUUAUGGCGAGUCUUUAAUUAUGGGUGUGUGAAUUUUUUUGAAACCAAAUGCUGAAUUGAACUUAAGGACCUAUGCUAAUCUGACUCGCUGUGUUGCUCCAACAUGGUUGCGUGAACAGAAAACAAGUAUUUAGAUUUGUCACUUCUAAGAAGUGCAAAAAAAAUUCUUAAUGUGGUUUAAUUUUGAUAGAAUACAGUGAGUCUAUAGCACCUCGCAAAAGGAUUCUUCAAUGUAUUUUAUUGAAAUUGUAUGCGAUAGACCAUAAUUGAGAACUGGAAGGAAAGACACGUGCCUUUCUAAUUUUUACGAUGUGUAUUCAGCCACCUUUCACUGCAGAUGCAGUCUUAUUUAAGGGCUGCAUUUUCAUCGGUUCUGCAAAUUAAAAAUUUUUUUUUUGCAAAAGUUAGUUUUUUUGAUAUUUUUACCCUGCCCAGUCAGACUGGAUGGAUAACCUCUGUGAAAAUCUUGACACAUGUUUUCAAUUGGAUUUGUGUUUAGACUUUGACUAGGCCAUUCCUGUGCAGCUCUGGUUGUUUAAGGUUGUUGUCCUGUUGGACAGUGGACCGGCCUCAAGUGUUUUGCUGGGGUAUCGGGGGUCGAAUACAAAUGUAUACUUUAUUUUUCCUUAAUGUGUUUUUUGACAACCAGGCACCCUUGUCCUUCCACCAAUUUACACUAGUUUAUGCUGGUCUAUCGCCAGAAAUCCCAAAACAAUCCAUUGGUGUUCAUGGUUGCAACAAGACACAAUGUGACACGGGAUAUGAAUUAUUUUGCAAGGCGCUGUAAAUCUGUUAACCUUGGGUGACUGUUGGAAACAUAUAUAUAUAUAUCAAAUGUAAUGUCUAACAUUUCGGGUCAAACACUAGAGCGUCGGAGCCAGUUACCGGUCAUUGUGAACCUGCAACAAGCCUCAGUCAUCAGAGCGAAGAAGAUAACUGGUGGUAUUCUGGGCUUAAUGGACUGUUAAUGGACCUCUUGUUGAAACAGAACCAGCUGAACAGAUGCAGACAAAUUAGGAGGUGACUAUGAAACGAGCUGAAGAAUGCUCUCAACAUUUAAAGUGGUGUAUGCAGUUUUAUUAGGACAACCGGACGUAUACAUUAUGAGUGUGUGUGUGUUUGUGUGCACUUUGUUGACCCGUAGUGUAAUGCCUACUUGUGAGAGCCAUGGACACAGCGGUUUUGGCUGAGGAACACCACCCCUACACCACCCAGUCUUCACACUUGUAGUACAUCUUGUUUUGAUGAUUUUAUGGACCCAGUUCAUAAACGUAUACAUUGACUAAACAGGCAUUAAGCAAAUUGUGUCCGUAGUAGCCAAUGAUAGGUUCAAGGUGUGUGGUGUUGUGCAAGCUGAGCUGCGUUCAUGAACACAAUUAUGUAUUGUUAAUAUGUUGAAUUAAAUGAACAUAGAGAUUCAA